AUGACUGCCAGAACGUACAGCUGGCAGCAGCCCGCGGCGGCAGCGGCGCGGCCGCUUGGCGACGGGCCGCGGCGGCCGACGGUUGCGCUCGAGCCGUCUGCGGCGGCAGCGGCGCAGCAGCAGCAGCAGCAGCAGGAGCAGCGGCAGCAGCAGUCCACCGACUCGUUUACGCCCACCAUCGGCGGCGCCGCCCGCGACGACUGCCGGCCCGCGCUCGAGCCGCCGGCGGCGCUGCGGGAGGCGCUCUGCCGGCUGGCCUGGGGCUACACCGCCCUCGGCCGCCUGCCCAACGCGCUGCUCCGCGAGUCCUUCCGGCUUCUCGGCAGCUACCCGGCAGCCGACUUCACGGCACCCCAGCUGGCGAUGCUGUUCGAGGCGGGCGCGCGGGCGCGGGCGAUGGGGCAGGGGCUGGCGGAGCCGCACCCGCUGACAGCCACAUCGGCGCGCGUCUUCAUCGGGGAGCUCAAGCGGGCGCCACGCACUGUGGCGCUGCCCGAGGAGCUGCAGCACUACGCAUUCCCGGCCUGGCUCCGCGGCACCCGCGGCGGCGCCGCGCCGCUCGCGCCGCCGCCGCUGAUCGCGGCGCGGCAGUGGCACGGCGGCGACGCGGCGGGGCCCCGGCCGCCGGCCGGGGCGCAUUGGCCAAGUGGCAGCGGCGGCGGCCGAGGCCCUAACCAGCAGCAGCAGCAGCAGGAGCAGCAGCAGCAGCAGCAGCAGCAGCAGCAGCAGCAGCAGCCUCUGGGAGGGGACGACCGGUGGCCAGAGGGAUGCGCCGACGCCCCCUUCUCCUCCUGGCGCCACCGCGACCCCACAUACCUGACGCGCGCCGGCCUCUCCGCCGGCGUCUCCGCCGCCCUCGUCGCCGCCGGCCUGUCCGAGGUUGCGCCGUCCGUCGCGCAAACCUUAGACGGCGUGAUGGAGGUCCCGCUGCCGCUGGCGCGUGGCAACGCACGGGUGGCGAUUGAGGUGCUGCCCCCAGAAGACGCGGCCCGCAACCCGCCCCAUGCGCCGCUCGGGCCGGCGGCCGCGCGGCACGCGAUGCUGCGCCACCGUGGGUGGGCGGUGGCGCAGGUGCCGUUCGACGAGUGGCAGGCGGCGUGCGAGGCGGGGGGGCGGGCGGCGGCGGAGUACCUGCGGGCGGCGGUGGAAGCUGCAGAGUCGGCGGCGCUUGCGCCGGAGCGGUGA